UGCAUAAUAUUGUAGAUUUUGAUAAUUAUUUAUAUCGUUGAUGCUUUCAUUGUUCUUUGGUACUGAUAAUGAACUAACUAGUCUAACCAUAAAUAAUGUUACAUAAAAACCUACCUUUUUUCAACUUUAUAAUUAUGCAUUUUCAUUUGUAACAGAACUUACGGCUGGACAAUAUACCUAUUGUUAACAUUAUUCAUUCACCGAUUUUAUCUUUGUUAAUUUACCUUUUUGGUAAAUAAACAUAUAAAUGGGGGCAGAAAAUUCCAGACCUAAAUCUAGCAUAAGUAACUAUGAGUUAGAAGUUGCACUUGAAAGACAAAGAAAAGUAUAUGAAAGUCAGACACAAGCAUUACUACAAAUUCAACGGGACGCUUUAGUUAAAUCACAGGAAAAACAAAGAACAAGUGAAGUUACAAGCAGCACUUGGAAUACCCCAGGUUCAUCAGUAACAAAUUCAUUAUAUCCUAAUCUGCCAGGCCCGUCAAAUGGAAACCCAUUCGCCCCGCCAGAUUUACCCCUUAAUAGGAAUUUGUUUGUGCAAAAUGUGGAACCAGCCUAUUUAGAUAACAGUUUUCAAGUUCAGAAUCAAUACUUGACACCAUCGGCUCCACCGCUACCGAUUAAUACGCAAGAAACGCAAUCUCGUACCAUGCAACCGCAUCGACCACAAACAAUUGGUCAACGAUUAAAUAAAUUCAAUUUUCAGCGUUGUCCCAAUUACCUACAUGGAUGCUCAUUGCGUUUCGAAAAACAUCAACUUACUGCCCACGUAGAAGAAUGUCCUUUCAAUGAUUUAAUCUGUCCCAUGAACAGUUUAAAUGGAUGCUCAUGGAAAGGCAAGAUUCACGAUAUCAAAGUCCAUUUCGCCGAAUUUCAUCCUCAAUGUACAAAAAUCCAAAUAAAUAAGGAGGACACUUUACACAUCUGUGGUAACUAUCAGUUCGUGAAUUUAAUUACUCUUGACUCAUACAAUUUUUUAUUCCACCUACAAGUAGACCAACACAAUAAAAAAAUUAGCUUUGGAGUGCAACUUAUCGGUACAAAGGUCAGCGCAGCGAAAUGGACAUAUGAAGUUCGGGUUUAUAAUAAAAAAGAGCCCCGUAGGUUAUUCAAGUACGUUGACAAAUGCCACUCGAAUUGUGUACCGCUCCAAGUCAUCACAGACCAAUUUGCUACAAUGAGCCUCGAUUAUGCCAAAACAUUCUCGGAGCAAAAUAUAAUAACAUUUAGGAUUUUCUUGAGAAAAGAUAUUUUUCCAAGUGAAAAAAAAGAACAAUAUAAAGAGAAACCACCUCGCCGACAAUGAUAUAAAAUUAGUGAGGAAAUUUUUUAACUAUCAAAAAUUUUAAAAUCAAUCAAUAAAAGCAAUCCAAAAAUGUAACUAUUGAGUUCUACUUUUAGUGAUUGAUUAAAAUUUGUAUUUAGAGCGAAAAUGUCCGUCAAAAAUUCAGCUCCAAUUUUGAGCCUAAUAUACAAUGUGUAUAAAUGUAAAUUUUCUUUAUUAAAGUUUAGCUCAACGCCAUAAAUUAUAUUGUUACGGUUAAAUUUUUCAUAGUAAAACUAGGGCGACGCUCUAACGUGUAUUUCUAUAAGUCUUUUCUUUUCCUUAACAUACCAGAGAAACGCUUAGAUUUUUUAUUCUAAUCUGGCAACCCUAAUUACUUAGCAACUGCUAAAAAAAUUGUAUUUUUAUGUCUCACAUUCCUUAUAACAUUGAGACACAUGCUAUAUAACAUUGUAUCCAACCACAAACCAAGUAUCUUAACUAGUAAAUUAGCAUUUAACUUAAUAAUUUGCCAUAUUUUUCUAGUUAGCUAUUUUUGUUUUUUUGAAAAUAUAUGACAUUCAAUGGGUUAAGUUCUGUUAUAAACCUAAGUUUAAUAUAACAUUAAGAAACACUAAUUAGAUACUUGCUAAGGUUUUUUUAUAUAAUAAACCUCAGAGAGCUAAUAAUUUUACGUUUACAAAUUUGACUAUUUACACAGCUUGAAAUUUCGCUAGGGAUUUUCUUAUUUAGGGUAACUGACGGCAACUAAAUCCUGACCUUUGACACUACAAUGUAAAGUAUAUCUAGUACUAGUAGAGCGGAUCAAUUAAUCAAGACACAUGCGUCGACGCGGAGCUAAUAUUUAUCUGAGACUAAUGCUUGUAAAAUUUAACAAAUUUGUAAAUCAAAUUUAUUCAUAACAGAUUCAUACCUCUAUAUCACGACCACAAAAUUGUACCUAAAGGCUAAAAAUUGUUAAAUAGGUGCUUGGUAUGACAUUUCUAAUGAAAAAGCUUACAAAAAUUGUGACGCUCCUAGAAUAACUUAAAUUGAGGUUGGGGGUGGGGCAUGACUCGAUUGAUCCACGCUUGGGUGGAUGUAUACUGUACUAGUAAACAAAUUAUAUUAUUGCUAUAGCAAUAACGCAGAAUGUACACCCAAAAUCAAUUACAUAGAACUGAGAUGCCGAGAAUGAGACUCGCAUUGAUCAAAAUUUAUGAUGGAAGAUCCCACCCAAUCUAGCCAGUACGUUUUACGUCUUUACUACGAAAGAGAUCAGUUUGAAUAUCCUUUCAUGAUUUGUGAAUUUAAUCUAGAAUCUGUUCAAAUAUUACGUAAGCACUAUAGGGGUUUUUGGUGAUUAUUUUAUUAGUAUAUUUUUAUUUUCUAAUGUGUGAUUACGUCAACAGUAAUUUACUUUUUUCACAUAUUAUCCAGUCUUUGCUUGAAAACGAAAUGCAUUUUCGGGGAUUCCUACAAAAAAUUAAUAUGUUUAUGUAUGUGUAUUAUUCUUUAAAGCUUUGCUUACUUUUGCCGACAAUUCCUCUUGUCAAUUCUUUCGAUAAAUUGCAGUAAAUCUUACGUAAUAUUUGAACGGCCCCAUAUUAGUUACAUUAACUAUAAGAUCUGACAAUGAUACUUGUGAAAUGUUUUAUUUUUUAUUAUUCUUUACUUUUUAAAUAUAUACUAGACCUUUACUUUCCUUACAACAAACCUUAGUAUUUUUAAAUUGUGGGUGAAGUCAAAAUUACUUUAAGAUCCUAAGGCCUUUACUAAUAGGUAGGCUUGUUAUUAAGUGUCUGUAUUAAUGAUAACAUUAAUAUAAAUUUAAUCAGCUAAAAUGUGUAUUUAAUUGUUUGUAUGCUAUAGUUUUAUUUCACUGUCCAUGGAAAUAAAUCAUUUUAAAAAU